GAAUGAAACUUUAGCCGAGCCGCCCGAGCGUAGUGAUGUCACCCCACCCCAUUUCAUUUAUCGGCCUCGGCCGGCCGAAAUAGAUAAAAUGAACGCAGCUUUACUGCUUUGUUGCGGGAAGUUUGAACAUAAGUUGGUCCAACAAUGGCGCAGAAGUACGACCCAAACCAGGAGAUCGUCCAGAGCAGGGCGCAGUGGCUGAAGGCUGAGAACUGCCAGAAACAGUGGCAACAGAACUGGGGCUGGCUCAUUGAGGAGACCCUCAAGACCCAGCAAGAGGUGGCGGCGAUCCGGCAAGCCCACUACGCGGCGGCGCCGCACCGGCCGCGACAGCAGCGCAUUGAGGGGAACCUGCGCCCGGUGCCGGUGACUAGUGCUGGCGUCAUCGGGUGGUUGUCCACCAGGCCAGACUGUAAGUUGGAGAUCUACACCCCGUGGCGGACCAAGAUACCGCUUAGGGCGCCCGAGGCUUGGGAGAGCGAGAGCUAUUUCACCGAAAAAGAGAAAGAGAACGAAAAGCUGAACACCGAAACGUAAUAGUAGGCUAUUGCCUAUCGCGCAUAAAAGUGCUCUCAGUGAUAAAACAUCGGAAUCAUCAGAAUAAUACAAAGAAAAUAACUUUAUGGGUGCUGAAAUGUUGACCUUUAAGGCAUCCUUUAAAUUGAUAGUACUUUAAGAAAAUUAAAUAACUUUCCGUCCCA